GUCUCAAUAUGCGUCGUCUGCUGGUGCACCAACCACCGACAGUCAAUUGUUUGUGGAGAGAAACAACAAUGGCGGCGCUAAGAACUCGUGUUGGGUGUCUUCUUCAGGGCUUUUUCUCAUCUUCUAAAAUACCACGAAGUUCUUUCGAUAUUCGAUUUGACGGAUGUGUGACACAAGUUAGAUUCAAAGGAGGGCCUGCAACACCUCGGUUUCGCCAUCCUGUAUGGCACGUCAGGAAGGAGAGAGCUCAUUAUCCAGAAAAUUUGACAGCUGAGAACAAGGAAUUUAUCCGAGAAACUAUUUCUCAAGACUUUGGCCCACCUAUUGUUGCUCAUGGAGUGAAAACAUAUGACUCACCUCUCAAAAAUAUAGAAAAAAUAGAACCAGUCCAGUGGUUUCCAGGAAUAAGGAGGACGUCUACCAUAGCCAAGAAGAUUGGCAUUCAGCCACUGUGGCUUAAUGAUGGAACCCGUGUUAUGACAACACUUUUACAAAUUGUGGAUAAUCAUGUUAUAAAGUACAAUCCACCAGAUCAAGUGAUUCCACUGAGACGACGUCAUAAAGUUAUACCCAAAAAAGUUUUAGGGAAGUUUGGUGCCCUAAUUGUUGGAGCAGAGAGCGCUGAUCCACAAGAGUUCACUAAAAAUUACUGUGGACUGUUUAGAGAGUCUGGCCUUCCCCCCAAACGAAAGUUAGCUAGAUUUUUGAUCUCUCCUGAAGCUGUUCUUCCCUCUGGUACACCACUUAAUGCAAUGCAUUACAGAGUUGGUGAUUAUAUUGAUGCAACAGGAUUUACGAUACAGAGAGGUUUCCAAGGUGUUAUGAAAAGAUGGGGCUUCAAAGGCCAACCUGCAACUCAUGGUCAGACUAAGACACAUCGUCGCCCUGGUUCCAUUGGUGGAGGAGCAGGGCAUAGAGUGUGGCCUGGCAAGAAAAUGCCAGGACACAUGGGUGGUAGACACAGAACAUUAAGAGCCUUGAAGAUAUUAAGGAUAAAUACAGAAUAUAAUGUAUUGUAUGUUACUGGACAAAAUAUCCCUGGUCAGAUCAACUCCUACAUCUAUGUUCAUGACAGUUUAAGUCACCACAGGUGGGUGAAGGAUGCAAAGGACGCAUGGCCACUUCCAACCUAUAUACCUACAGAGACUGAAGUUCCAGAAAACCUAUAUGCAUCUGAUGUGCAUCCCUUUGAUGCUCCUUCUAUUACCUAUGAAAUUGUUGACACACCUGUUGUGAGAACUGGUGCCAAAAUAGCAAAGGCAAAAGGAUCCAAAAAGUAGAUAUUUUUAUAUGAAAACCAGUGAUUUCAUUGUAAAAACUUUCGGAAAAUUAAAAAUUUAAGGCUUGUUAA